AUGCCAGUCAAAGCUAUAGCAAGAACGUCGAUUGCACGUAAUGGGGUAGGAGCAUAUAUACACCCAUGUAAGAAGAUAACUUUAGAAUACUGUAAUUGGGGUGGCUCAUCCGAGGGAUUGCGUCAACUUCUAACUAGUGGAGAGUUGAACAAAAUAGCAUCAUCCAAACCACAAACGAUAUUUGAAAUACGGAAACGAACAGGUCAUCCCAAACUAAUAUUCCACUACAAUAAUAGCGAUAAAAGUACCAAAAAUGUUGUUGAUGUAAGGAAUAUAGACAAGUUUAAAAUUAUUGAGAAGAUCAAUGAAUUUAGUCAACGUUCUGGCAAUGAAUUGUUCAAAUGCAAUCAUAAGGUUGUUUCUAAUAAUGAGUCGGUUAGAGGUAUAUGGUCGCCUUUGCACCAACCAAAAGGUCAUAGAUAUAACAUAUAG